AUGAACAUGCGCAUAGGAAGUUUCUGCAGUUGCAUAAAAAGCAGGGAUGGGGAAAACUGGAACCUUAACGAGAAGGGGACAAAAGUUUAUCAGUUCGACUCCGUGGCAUCUUUACUGAUUGAAAGUGGUUUUAUUGAAGAUGCACUUGUACACAUCGCCUGUGACACUAGCAAAACACUGAGCGAUUUCUUUUACGUUCCGCAAAAGAGACUGAGCUACGUGGCUGACGUCAUUGAAGUGUUCUUCGAAGCCGGCAUGUUUGUAGAGCUCGCAAUGAUAAAGAUACUGCAAACUGUCCCGCAUAUCAGGCCUGAUCUACGUCGAUUCUUCUAUAUCCCCUACUACCACCGCCCUAUUUGGUACAUGUUCUAUGAUUCGGAAAAAAUCAUGGUUCAUCCCAUCAAAAUCAACCAAGCUGUUGAAUUAAGAACUCGAGCAAGGUGA